AUGGCAAAUAAUAACUAUUUAAUGCAAGUGCACAACAUUUGCGACAUAAAGUUACGCCACUAUCCGCGCAAAUAUCCGAUACCGAAGUUUAAGACCCGAUUUCCGUUCAAACGUAAUCCGAUAGACAUUACUGUCGCCGAUACCGAUAAACUACAUCAAUGGUUAUACAAACAGUUUCCGACCAGUUAUAUAUCAGCGGAAAACUAUCGUAAACUGGCCAUCAAUUCUGUAUUGAUUACGGCUUAUUUCUAUCCGCUAUGUCAUCUAAAGGACAGGUAUUAUCAUAUUUUACAGCAUAUGAUCUAUUUUUUUGUUAUGGAUGACAAUACUGAGGAACCGUGGGGUCGACUCAAUAGUAUGGAUAAUAUGGAUGAGUGUAGACGUGUUUGGGCACAGGUUAAGACACUAGUGGCCAAUAUAAGUAGCUGCGGCGGCCACCAAAUUUCCAGUAGUAUUAGUAGUCCAGCCCUCGAUGACGAUGUCGACCGUAUGGAGCCAUACGUUCAGAUAAUUCGGCCGACAUUUACGAACAUUUAUCAGUCACUGAAUGGCCAACAGUGGCUGCGUUUUGCCGAUUCGUGGUUAGACUACUGUACCGCUAAUGUCGAAGAAAACCAAACCAAAGGUCAACAACGGUUUGUUUCUGUCAAUCAAAUGUUAAACCUUCGCCGGAAAACCAUAGGUCUAAUACCUACAGUAUUAUCACUAGAAUAUGCCUACAAUAUUGAGAUCCAUGAGUCCGAAUGGUUGGACCCACGCAUGCAAUUACUAUUGCAAUUACUAAACGAUCAUAUUAUCUAUAUUAACGAUUUGUUUUCAUUUGAAAAAGAGCUCAAAUCAAAUAUCAUUGUAAAAUCUAAUACAAUGGGCACCGGUAGCCAUCACUCACUCGUUGAUGACCGACAAGUAUUGCCACAAAUGGCCAAUACUGUAGCCCAGACUGCUGUUGAACUAAACUGUUCAAUACCUGAUGCACAGACAGUUAUUUGCAAACGUAUUGAACAAUUGGAGAUUGAAAUGAUAAAACUAGUGGUCGAUUGGGAACAAAGUAGUUGUAAUAAUGGCCAGUCGUUAAGUCCCGGUGUCCGACAAUUUAUUAGAGGACAACUCUAUAUGCCCGGCGGUAACUAUCGGUUCAGUUUAGGUGUCGAUAGAUAUAAUAAAUUUUGA